GUCUCAAGCUUCCAUGUGUAGACGAUGAUGGCGGAGACUCACAGCGUUGAAUCUAAAGGCGAAGGUGGAGGAGAUCUUAAUGUUUUGGAUUGGUCGCCUUUCGACACCAUGCCGGAGGAUUGCAUCUCCAACAUAGUCUCUUUCACAAGUCCACGUGAUGCGUACGUCUUCGCCGUGGUGUCAAAAACCUUUGCAUCUGCGGUUAAGUCAGAUAUUGUAUGGGAGAAGUUUCGUCCCCCAGGGUAUCCAUCUAUGAUUCCUCCAUCGCUAGCUUCAUCAUCCAAGAUCAAGAUCUAUUUCUAUUUAUGCAACAACCAUCUUGUUCUAAUCGAAGAUGGCAAAAAGUGCGUCUGGUUAGAGAAAACAAGUAGUAAGAGGUGUAUCAUGUUAUCUGCGGAGAGCCUCUAUAUCAAAUGGAUCAAUGAUACUCAUUGUUGGGAUUGGAUUACAAUUCCUGGAUCAAGAUUUGAAAGAGUUGCGAAGGUUAAUGAUGUAUGUUGGUUUGAGAUUCGAGGCACGAUCAAUACUCAUGAAUUAUCUCCAAGAAAUCAUUACUCAUCUUACAUUGUGUUUAAAGAGGGUUUUACGGAUCUGCCUAUCGAAGCUAGAGUUGGAGUGGUUGGAAAACAAGCUUCUACGAGAUUAUUUUGCUUUGAUGUGGCCACGGAUGGGCAGUUCUUAAAGAGGGGGAGGCGGACAUGGUACUUUGAGAAACCAAAGGAGAGGGAAGAUGGUUGGAGGGAGAUAGAGCUCGGGAGAUUCUUCAAUAAAGGAGGAUUGAUGAAUAGUGAUGAAUUUGAGAUGAGUGUUAUUGCGACCGAGUUGCGCCAUUGGAAGAGUGGUUUCAUCCUUCAAGGAAUUGAAAUCCGUCCUGCGACACUUCCAAGGCUGAGAACCGUCGGUUGA